CAACUAGUACCCUUCCCAAACUACCAGUUAAAUUUAUUGGCUUUGAGAGUUAAAUUGAUCAUGCGAAUUCCUCUUAUCAACUCUUACCGAUUUGUGACACAAACACGCACCGCAUUUGCUCGCCAGUUUACCGUUAGUGCCUCGUCCGCAAUGCCGAUCAAGGCUGGUGACAAGCUUCCUGCUGUGGAUUUGUUUGAAAAGGACCCAGGUGGAAAGGUGAACUCUGGUGAAUUAUUCGGAAAGGGAAAGCAUAUUAUUUUUGCUGUACCAGGGGCUUUCACACCAGGAUGUUCAAAGACCCACUUGCCAGGUUAUGUUCAGCAGUGUGAUGCCUUGAAAUCCAAGGGAGUAGACAGCAUUGCCUGUAUCUCUGUCAAUGACCCGUUUGUCAUGGAUGCUUGGGGUGAGGCACAGGGAGCCAAUGGAAAGAUCAGAAUGUUGGCAGAUACUUGUGGAGAGUUCACAAAGGCUGUUGACAUGGAAAUUGAUCUAGCAGCUGUCCUUGGAAACAAGCGUUCAAAGAGGUACUCUAUGGUAGUAAAAGAUGGCGUGGUGGAGUCUGUGAAUGUUGAACCAGAUGGAACUGGUUUAACCUGCAGUUUGGCAGAGAAGAUUCAGGUGUAGAGAUCUGAUUCAGAACUUGUCACAGAUAUACAUGUAUCUAAUCAAGUAGAAGGUUGUAAUCUUCACGUCUUUAUAAGAAACAUUGGUAUUGUUGGUAGAUUAUGAAAUUAAAUGGAUCGAGUUGUUGUAAAGUUUUAUUGUUAAAUUCUGUGUGGUUUUACAGUGUUGAUAUGUCCGAACCAGAAGUAUACUUUUUCCUUUCAAAUUCAAACAAUACAAUGUCUGAGCAAAAAUGCUGAAAAGAGAAUUUCUUUGUGCUGAUUUUCUAAUAGAUUUUUAUGAAAUACAGAUUUGAUGUAGGGGACUAAAUUUUAAUGAGGUAUAUAAUUCAAGAUGUUGAAAUAAUGUACUUCUUUUUUUUGUCAAGAUUUUUUAGUCUUGUAUAAGGUGCUUUAAUAAAAGAUUAUGAGCAUGUCCUCAAUGUUGUUUCAUUUUUCGAAGUAUUAAAAUUAUAUAUAUGUAUAUGCUUUACAAGAUGCAUAAAUCAUCAUGUAUUUCAGCAUUAUGGAGUUUUUUUUUUUUUAAUAAGUUUAUUUUGUUUAAAUUGCAUUUUAUGUCAAACUUAAAUAAAGCUACAUGUACAUAUUCCACUUUUCUGAAGCAUUGAAGAAUAAGCAUUCUAUGCAGCUUUUUUCCUGCAGAAUACCGGUUUACGUACAGAUAUUGCUUCAUGUGUAUUUACAUUGAUACAUGAACAUGCUUUUGAGUAUUGUGUGAAAAAAUAAAACUUUAGAAAAAAGUU